AUGGUAUCCUUCUGGACCGAUGGGAUAGGCCAAGCGCCAGUCGGCCAGAAGCCAGAUGGCAUCCGGCUAAAAGCCGCAUGGCUGUCGUUUACCGGAAAAUUUGGGCCCGACCAAACAAAGGUCGCCAUCUCCUGGAAAACACCGGGCGGCUUCUUGAAAAGUCCCGAGAGGAAAUAUUGGAAAACCCCAAACUGUCGGCAGGAACAUAUGAAACGGUUUUAUGCAGCGGUGGAGGAAUAUGAUAAAUUGGAACGAGAAGGAGCCUUGAAGCGGCGUUUACGGUACCAGACGGAUGGCAAUCAAACCGCACAUGACGAUCUUGAAGUUGUUAUGCUAAACCAUAAA